GUUAAUUUAGAUGGCCGGGUGCUGGCCGCAACGAUUGCGAGGAGUUCGAGCGUGAGGAGAAUUCGGAGCAUGAGAGAACGAGAGAGGAGGGAGGCGAAGGAGAGAAACAAUCUUUUUGCCUCGAGCGAACUCAUUGGGUCCGUUAAGAAUGAGAGGACUCGUGACAAGCGUGCGAGAGGGAGAUCAUUCGACUCUGGUUGUCUGAUUUCUGACGUGCGGUGGAUACGGCGUGAGUCGCAUUUGCUGUUGCUGAUUUCAGUUGUUUUGGGAACUUGGUUCGUUCAUCUGUGGUUGGUGCUAGUGCUGGUGCCUCGGUUGGUACAGACGCCUUGCCGUCGUGAGAAAUUUUGAGGUUGAUUGGAAGUCCGUGCAAUCAGUGCACUCAUUUUCAGCACCUUCUUUCUAUAAAUUUGAUACCCGGGCAUUGGAGACAAGGAUUUUCUUGAUCGAUGGGAGUCAGAAGUCCUGGAGUGGUAGUGGUUCGAACAAUGACUAUCAAACGCCCAAGUCCGAAACAGUUCCGUGCGGGCAGAGAUGGAGUCCAGCUGGGAAUAUAUCUUGUGGCUUUUGUGCUGGUUGGGUUGGUGAAGAUCGAUGCUGUCGAAGCGCAAGUCGUGCCCUCUCCUUCUCCGUUGCGAGCACCUGCUCCCAGUGCUAUACCACCACCACCCCCUUUGACUGCAUUGCAGCAGUCUCAAGCUGCUGUGCAGGCGCUGCGGGCGAACAACUUCACCACUGCGGCGCAGCUCAUUCAAACAUACUUGCCGAUCUUGCGCCUCAACAGCACGCUGUUCGUUCCAACGAAUGAAGCUUUGUCUUCUUUAUCUAUGGUCACGCCUGUUCUGAACAUUUUGUUGUACCAUGCAGCCACGCCUCAGUACACCUUCGAUCAACUCGUCACUCUUCCUGUUGGAACUCGCCUGCAGUCUUUUUUGGCCAACGAAUCUGUUCUUAUCACAAAUAACGCGCGGAACAACUUUCAGGUUGAUAAUGUGCGCAUCGUCCUGGCUAAUGUGUGUGCUUCGAAUACUACUGAUCUUCAGAUAUCCUGCCACGGUGUGGAGAGCAUUUUAAAUUCGACUCUUUAUGGAAAUUCGGCACCGGCUCCAGUGUCAAGUUCACCUGUUGCUGCUCCAGUUCCAGCCUUCACGCCAGCAGCCUCACCUCCGGUUCCAUUCAUUCUACCAGGUCCUCCUGCAGUUCCAAGUGGAUCUCCGGAGUCCUCAAUUCCAAUUGCUGCAAGUCCUACAGAGUCCAGUCCUACUGGAGGAGCAUCAGCAUGUAGGGUUAGGCGUAUCCUGUAUAUCGUGUUUCUUGGAGUCAUGACUCUUAGCUACAAUCUUUGAGGUCGGACUCUCGACUUUCAGAAGUUUUGGCCAUGAACAGGGACAUAUUAGUCAUAUCUUGUUGUCGAAGGCAAGUAGGUCUGCGUUGGGAACCCGUUUGAACCAUGAUGACGGUGCUUCUGGCCUUCUCUGUUCCUAUCAUUGCAGGAGACUCUUGGACCAGGUAGUUAUUCAGAAAUAUUGCCGUGCACGUGGAGAUGCAUCCGAAAACUCUGCACCUGCGUGAUAGUCAUGCACCUUGUUCUCUUUAUAUCGUUAUUUACAUUUUAAUGUGUUCACAUGACUCGGGA